AAAAGAAAAGAAAAAAAAUGUUAAAGUUACAUUUAUGUAAUAAAGUUAGGCGAUUGCGCAAUACAGUCAAACCCAGAUUAUACUGAAUUACACUGGGCAUUCUUCAUUGAUUGUCAGAAACAGUCAGAAACGAAAAGGGGUGACUGACAAUAAAUUGCUGACAAUCGAAUUGAAACAAUCAAUCAAGGCACAUGACUCAACUCGCGAAUCGCGCCAUUUUUGCGUUUGGACGCUCAUCGUUCAGUUCGUUCGUACGAAGAAUUCACGUCUCUCCAAAAAACAUGGUUAUCGCUGUGGGUGAUAAGCUUCCUUCGGUGGAUUUGUUUGAAAAUUCACCGGUAAAUAAGGUUAAUUUGGCUGUAGAAGGAGCUGGCAAGAAAAUCAUCGUUUUCGCUGUUCCCGGUGCCUUCACUCCAGGAUGCUCCAAGACUCAUUUACCCGGCUACGUUCAGAAAGCAAGCGAUUUGAAAUCUAAAGGAAUUGCUGAAAUUUAUUGCAUCGGAGUCAACGAUCCCUUCGUCAUGGCUGCUUGGGGAAAGGAUCAAGGAGCCGAAGGCAAGGUGCGAAUGCUUGCUGAUCCAGCAGCAGCUUUCACAGACGCUUUGGAAUUAUCCGUCGAUCUUCCUCCCUUGGGCGGAAAACGAAGCAAGAGAUAUUCGAUGGUGGUUGAAGACGGCAUUGUAAAAGAACUCAAUGUCGAGCCAGACAAUACUGGCCUCAGCUGCUCUUUGGCCGAUAAAAUUAAGACCUAAAGGGCCAGAAGAAAAUUUUUUUCAGGUUUCUGCCGGAAAAUUACAUUUUCAGUAUUGAACAAUCACUAUUCAGUACACAAAUUACAGUUCUUCUUUUAAUAAAAUGAUCUAAGUCAGUUUAUCUUAUUAAAAUCUUAUUUUAUCUUUAUCUUAUUAAAUAUCUUAUUAAAAUAUCAUUAAUUAUUCAUCUUUUCUCAUAUAAUACAAAGUAUGUCGGCAGAAAACUUUAAUUUCGUUUGAAUUCCAGUUGCUAUAGAAUAUAAACUGCAGAUUAAAAAUCCCAGUGUUCACGUUAUAUAAUAGAAAAAAUGUAUAAAUGUUCGAAUCACACUUUUUACAGUAAACUAUAACUUAAAACACCA